CAACUAGACCAGAAACUGGCUUUCUCUCCCACUACCUCUCUCUCUCUCUCUCUACAAUUUCACACCCACUUUUCCUAAAUACAACGACCUCUUAUAUCAUAUGAAUCCAACUGUCACCACCACUUCUCUCACACUCAUUUCAUCGUCUUCUUCUUCUUCCUUAUUAUCCUCAAAAUUUGAUAUAUAAUAACAUGAUAUUCACACGCCCAGCUGCAGCUUGACUAUCUUGAGCCUCGUAAAUUGCAGUCGAGUUUUUGGCCAGACAUGUUUGACUUCUUGUUCGGGUGGCGAAAAGCCUCAAAAUGCAAGAAGUUGAUCAAACAGGUUCAGUGCCGGCUCAAGCUGCUCAAGAACAAAAAGAGUGUAAUUGCGAAGCAAUUGAGAGAAGACGUUAUGGAACUCAUCAAAAAUGGGUACGAACAAACUGCCUUUAACAGGGUGGAGCAGAUAGUGAAAGAUGAAAGCAGAAUGGUGGCAUAUGAGAUUCUGGGAAAUUUCUGUGAAUUUAUACUCCAAAAUCUCUCCUACAUACGCAAACACAAAUUGGUUUUUGGUUUCAGGGAUUGUCCCAAUGAUGUUAAUGAGGCAGUUUCAAGCCUCAUGUUUGCCUCAGCGAGAUGUGGGGAUCUUCCUGAGCUGCAGCUUAUAAGGAAGCUGUUUGGAGAGCGCUAUGGUCGUAGGUUUGAAACUAGUGCCGUUGAGCUCAGCCCUGGCAACCUUGUAAACCGCCAGAUAAAAGAGAAGCUCUCAGCAAAUUCUGUGUCAGAAGAUGACAAACACAGAAUGAUCAAUGAAAUCGCAAGAGACUGUUUCCAACCUCAACUUUUAGCUCUUGAAUACCGUUCAGACUGGCACCAAAAACAGGUGGAAUUCCCCAUAAAACAAGCUAUACAUUCUGAUGAGAGAAAAAGGGAAAAGGCACUGCUAAAAAGGGAAAAGGCACUGCUACUUCAUGGAUAUUCAGCGAGAAGCACCUCUUGUGACACUUUGCCUCAGUUCCCUGAGGAAAGAAUUGUUCAUGUUGACGAUGUGGUGGAGCUUUGUUCCUCCACCACAACAGAGGGAGAUCAAAUACUCUUCAAAUUCAAGACAGCCGCCGCUUUCCCAGAGGAAGAUUAUAACGGUAAACACAGUUCCAAUCAAAUUCAUGCGGAUCCAAGUGACUCUUGGAGUGAGAUUGAGAAUUCCAGCUCAAAAGGCUCCGGCAAAGGAUCAAAGAGGAUCUCAUUGAACAAGGGAAUGAAGAAAACAGAGCAUAAUAAUGAAAAGGGUAACAAUUGCCAUGAAAUAUCAGAACAGAAGCAGAGGAAAACAGAGAAUUGGGUCUCAGAAGGAGCAACGGAUAAGGAAAUGGAAUGGGCAAGUUUCUAUAAGAAACCGAGGAGGAGGAGAAGGAGGAAGCCGCCGCCUUUGCGGCUGCCGUGUUCUGAUCUGAAAUCUGCAGCAUACGAUGUCUUUACUUACCCUGGCUACGGUUCCAACACAGAGACCAAGAAACUAAAAGAAACAAGGAAAUCAAAUGCCGUGGAUAAUGGAGAUGAUAAAAAUGUCUCAAGUUAUCCUGUGAGGAACAAAAAAGAGGCCCUUUAUUUGAGGGCAGCAACAUUCCCACCAAAACAGAGUCCUAAAGCGUGCUUUACUCGUACAAAUUCAUGCCCUUAUAAGCAGCCUAGCCAUGUUCAUCCAAAGUUGCCAGAUUAUGAUGAUAUUGCAGCAAAGUUCAUGGCUUUGAAGAGAGAACACCUCCAAAAAAACACCCCCAAACCUUAGUUUGUGUAAUCUACUUACACCAGUCCAAAAAUACAGCUUGUAAUUAUAAUUUGCAGCUGGGUAUUCAAAACGCUCAUCAAAACUAGCCAAAAUGGGUGUUAAUUUUACUGCAAAUUGUACAUUCGUGAAGUUGAAGGAAUUGAAUUAUGAAUGCGUAGGCCAAGACAAGUUACAAUGGA